UUCGAAUUAGCUCAAAGAAGGAUGUCAAAAUUAUGCUCAACUUUCCAAACAUGUUUGAGUAUAAAUAUUUUUUGGUUCGAUUUUUUUCGAGGGUGAGUUCUCCCAGUGUACACCAAGGUUAAGGUUAAUCAUUGUGGAUGCGACGUCUACGCAUGCGCACAGGCAAUGACAGUCCGAGUCCAGUUUCCCGCCAAUGCGCGCGCGCGCUUAAAUAGCUUACGAGAUCAAAAGUUUGUGCCGUUCAAUAUUUUCGAUUAGUGACAGUGUUCGUAGAUAAAACCAAUAAAAAGGUUUGAUAAAGAGUUCUGUCAUAAGUUUUAUUUUUUAAAAGAUAAGUUUAGAUAUUUAAUCAAAAUUUUAAUUAACUUUUUUAAUAAGUGGAUAAACACAAUGGAUACAAUGAGAAGUUUCAUAAACGUGUUGGUGUUAUUUUCAAUACACAAAACUAAUAGUGAGAAUUCGUUUAAAAGUGUUCCAGUGACGGUCAAAACCUACGAAAAUGAGACUGUCUUGUUGCCCUGCUAUGUUGAUGAUACAGAGGGCCCACUUCGAGUGCGAUGGUACAAAGACACCACCCUCCUCGGCGACAGUAUGGACGCUCACCAUCUUCUGCCGCCUCGUGUCAGAAUGCACGCCAACUACAGCCUGCAGGUGGACUCCCUGGUCGCGGGAGACACUGCAGACUAUACGUGUGAGGUGAUUCGACCGGAGCCGUGGGGCCCUAUUCGGCAGACGCAUUCCAUAGAAGUUCAAUAUUCCCCAACUGUCAAGACUAUCCCGGAUGAUGGUUUCGUGGAGGUCCGCAAGGGGGAGUACGUGGACAUAGGCUGUGACGCCACCGGUACACCAACACCCGUCGUCAAUUGGAAGAAAAACGGUGAACCCUUGGCACUGCUGGAGCCCCGCUCGCGGCUGCGGUUCAAGGCGGAGCAUCGCCUGCUGGCGGGCGUGUACGAGUGCCGCGCCACCAACGGAGUGGGCGACCCCGUCACUGCUGACAUCAGGGUCGUGGUGCUGGACGCGCCGGUAGUAAUAGCGGAGCGCUCGUUCGUCCACACGGCGAUAGGGCUGCGUGCGUCACUCGCCGCGCACGUGCUGUUCGCUGCGCCGCCCGCCACGCACGCCUGGUACCGACACGGCAGGCCGGUGCGGACCGACGACAGGGUGGUGAUGAUGGUGCAAGACAACGUGCACCAGCUGAUCUUCCGCACGGUGAGGAAGUCCGACCUCGGCAACUACACCUUCCGCGCCGAGAACAAACUCGGCAUGGCCGAUGUGCAGUUCAAACUCACUGGGGUGCCAAACGUGGCUUCUUUUAAAGUGGAGCAUGCACUAAACAAAGCUACCCCUGUGAGCUUCACCCUGGUCUGGGAGGUAGAUUCAUACUCCACUAUCAUAGAGUACAACCUCUGGAUCCGUCCGUACUACGGCCGGUUGAGUACGGAACCCGAUUCGUUCACGACAGAGGCGCCCUCUAACCGCUGGGUCAAAAUUGUAGUCGGCGGGGACUCCACCGAAGGGCCCAUACACAGCGCCGUCUAUACUGUACGGGGGCUCACGCCUUCCACUGUCUACGAAGCUAUUGUCACGUCUAGGAAUAGAUUUGGCUGGAGUAAACCUUCUGCGAUUCUGCACUUUGCAACAGAACCUGGAGCCGGGCGUCAAAUUCCUUCGACAUCCGACUAUUCGGAUGUAUCACCAGUACUGGAAGAAUUGGAGCCGGAAGUACAUAACAUAUCACAGGCACAGGUUUUUGAACACGUUAGCGAAAGUUCUGUCGGAGCGCGGGAAACUUCCACGGCCAUCUUGAUCUUGGUCGCCAUUUUGUUUUUCUGCAUCAGUUGACUGACUAUUUUCAUGCUGAAUAUAAAGUGUUCUUCCUACCUUCUUGUAUGAAUUUACUAUUGUAGUGUUGGAAAGAGUUGGAAAUAGUUGGAAUGGAAUGGAACUGUUUUCUCAUCAUAGUAUCUUUAAACGAUUUUUGGUUGACAAUUUUCCCUUUUUUGUCAAAGGAAACGGAUCUUUCUAUGUCGGGUGGAAGUUAGUCUUCGGCGGACUCCAUUUUUUGUGAAACGUAGAAGGGCACUAAAUUGUAAAUCGUUUGACAAAAAACUAGAAUUUAUUUAAUCUCAGUUUUUUAAUAAUAAUUUUAAUAUAAAAUUCUACAAUUAUUUAUUGGCAAGUUUAUGUAUGUAUUUUUUGUUGAUAAAAAAUUAAACAUAUUCUAUUCAAUAGGUAACUAAAGCAGUGAUAAUGGUUCUGUUAAUCUUUCACAUUACAUUAUAAGGUAUUAUUCUCUGGGAUAUCUUUUUCAAGAAAAAUCAAUCAUAAAUUCACCAGGAUUUCACGAAAAUCAUGCAUGCAUGAGUGUUAGCUCUAAGUCUUCGAUUAACAAUUCUCUAGUUAACGGGUCAGCGCGUAAAAUCCGCCUCGGUAAAUAUGUAUAGCCUCACUUGAGGAGUGAUACCAAUCUUAUUUUAAAUUAGUGCGGUUAAUACAAAAAGAAGUAACUCGCUGGCCAAUGACUGGUAAAAAUAUUAUAUAUUGUGGGUCAUAAGGUUGAUUUCACAUUUUCCUUUUUUCACCUUUAUAAUUUUUUCUAAGUUUCGGAUAUCUUUAUAUAUAUAAUUCUUCUGGGAGUGUGUAUGUCACUGAACUUCUCUUAAACGACUGGACCGAUUUUGAUGAAAUUUUUUGUGUGUGUUCAAGGGGAUCUGAGAAUGGUUUAGAUUCACAAUUUUGUCCGCUGGACAACCCCUAUUUUUUUA